UGUGGUCUAGUGUUAUUUUACCCGUUUGAGGAAGUGAGCAGGUGAUGCUCUCGCCCACUUCCCUUUGUUUAACCCUACUCCUCCCAUGUCUCAGCGCGAUCGAUGUUGCUGUCCGCGGCCGAAACGCUUUUACCAAUUUCCCCUCUCAUAUCUAUUGCGUCUCCUCCACUGUAUUGUUCUUCAUUAAUUUCUAGCCGCUCAAACUUUCUACAGAUCCCCCAACUUCUCCCUUCACUUUGAAAUCAAUCGAAGCCUUCCUAUUUUUAGAGGUUCAACUUGUCCCAUUCCCUUAGAUCUGCUCCCAAUUUGAUGUAUUUUUUGUUGAUGAUGUUGCCCUCGGUGUAGACACGAUUGUGAUGUGAAGGAUGCUGAGAAAGCAAUGCAGGAUUUGGUGGCCGAUGCAUCUCUCGUCUCAGGAGCCGAGCUCCGACCUGCUACUGUUUGGCUGGUGCUUUCAUUCCUCAAGAUCGCUCGAUGUUGUGAUCGCUCAUGCGACUUCUGCGGCUGAGAUGAUUUCACCAGCUCUUGGUCAGCAGCGACUAGAGCUUCAGGAAUUUCUUCAUUCUAUAAACUUGAAGAUGCCCAUCCCACUACAAGAAGCCUCAUCAUUCUGUAUGCUUGGGCAAUGUACUGUACGCAGCAGGAAGGGAGAUGUCGUGACUAUGCAAAACCAUCAAGGUGAUCUUGCUUGGAAAGGCAAACAAUUCCAUGGGUCGGUAGAAAAUGGUGUCACAAGAACCAUCAGCUCUGAAGAUGGAAAUGAAAAUACAUUUUCUGCAGCAUCGUGUAUGGAGAAUCAUAAACGUCGGAGUUGUGGUUGUCAGAUCCUAAAUCCAUCCGUGGAACCUUAUAGGGAGAUUUUGGGUAACUGGAUUCAGCUGCUAGUAAGUUGUCAAAGAAUCUCAUGUAAAAACUCCAGAUGGACCCCGGAGUUCCAUCACAUGCAUCAGAGUGAUCUUUCUUGGUCCAACUGCGACGUCCACCUGAUAUUUUAUGAGCUUCCAACCUAUGGUAGACAUCAUUUUUCGGUGAGAACUUGGGGUUACUGCAAGCAGGCAGUCAUGCCCUCCAAGACGCCCAAUUGGUUUAAUGAGCUUCACAAAAGAUCUGCAGCUCCUAACUUGGAAGCAGUGGUGUGGGCUCUUAACUGUGCGAGUGCUGCUAUGGUUACUCUAAAGGGGAUUUCAACUACCACAGGUCCUGCAAUCAACUUCGAUAUUAUAUCCAGGUUGUUAUCUAUGUUAUGGUAUGUGCUUGCAGUACUUGUGGCAUCCAUGUCUAUGGUCAUGUAUGUUGUCCUUCAGUUGUUUCAUGGAUUUCUGAAGUUUGGAGCACAUACAUUCUUUUCAAUAAUACCACAGAAGGUAUUUACACAGACAUGGAAGAAUAUUCACAUUCGUUGUUGUCAGUUUCUUUAUUGGCCAAUCUUUGUUCUGGGUACUGGUUUCAGAGAGCAAUCAAAUAUUGAAUAUGCACAUAUGACUGCACUAAGGAAGCACUGUGUCUGGUCUAGCGUUGCCAUUGAUGUGAUUUUGGGAAAUGUUUUUGGAAUGGUAGUAUUAUCUGACAUCGAAUAUGUUUACUCUGGGACUCUGUUUAUUGCUCAGAAUAUAACCGACAAUUUGUUGUGCUCUGGUUGUGUGUGGUUGAUGGGAAUUCCAGCAGGCUUUAAGCUGAACAGGGAACUAGCAGAGCUUCUUGGCAUGGUGUCACUCAAUGCAAUUCAAAUUUUCUCUACCCUGUGGUUCUUUCUGGGUUUCUUUUGGUGGCAUUUCAUCAAAGGCCUUGCGCUUUCUGGAAUCAUUUUAGGCUUGACUGUUCCUGCUGCUCUAUGUAUAGACAUGCUUAAAGUUGCAACAUUGCAUGUACAAACACUGCAUUGGUUGAUGUCACUUCUGUAUUCACAACAAAUCCAGGCUUUGGCUUCUUUGUGGCGCCUUUUUAGGGGAAGAAAAUGGAAUCCUCUUAGGCAAAGGUUAGAUAGUUAUGAUUAUACCGUGGAGCAACAUGUUGUCGGUGCCCUAUUCUUUACGCCUCUCUUACUGUUGCUACCAACGACUUCGGUGUUCUACAUAUUCUUCACUAUCUUAAAUGCCAUUGUCUGCUUCACAUGUAUUGUAAUUGAGAUAAGUAUUUCCAUCCUUCAUGCUACCCCCUAUGCGGAACUGUUACUAUGGGUGGCAAGGAAAAAGAGGUUUUCAUCUGGGAUAUGGUUUGAAAUCAUGUCUGGUCAUCAUGGAUUGGACAAAAGGCAAACAAGUGAUACAUGGAACAUCAGGGUGCCAAAUACUGUGAUUUCUCUUCUCCAUGCCAACUAUGCUACCAUAGUGCAAAUCGUCUCACCUAGUUACAGGAAUCUGUUUCAAAGGCUUAAGCCAUUGAUUGGUGGACCAUCAGUUUUUGGGAUUCUUAGUGGACAGAGAAUUCCAGCUUCAUUGCAAAUUGAUCACCGGCAAGCACUGCCUUGGAUGCAAAUCAGCUGUUGGGAGUAUUGGAGGGUAUGCCACAGUGCAGUACUUGGCCGUGGAUCAUCAUAUUGAAGGACUUGCACCUUUAACAUCAUAACGGGAGAGCGUUCGGGAACUAUUUUCUUUUUUUGGCUCUGUUAUCACUCACUGUUUUGUUUUAUAUUACCACAACUCAUCGUACUCAUUAUCCGUGUUGCCAUUAUGUUGAACGUGUUCUAACAGAAUCCAAGUCUUUUUGAGUGUUGCGGGCGCUAAUGAAAAUCAUCUUAAGCACGGUAAAUCCUGAGUAGCUGCUCGUGCAACUUGUCAAUUUGAGAAUGUUUCUCAAAUUCUGCCUUUUGAAUCAAUUGCUCGCUUGUAAUUUUUUUGGUUUGUUUGAAUUUCAUUUGCCAGGCUUCAUUUUGUGCUUCAGAAUUGUCAUUUGCGUCGACAAGGGACAUAAUGUUUCUCUUUUACUUCAACCUAUCCAUCCUAACUGUUGCGCCA